AUGGCGUCGGAUGAACAAUUUUCACUAUGUUGGAACAAUUUCCACGCCAACAUGUCAGCAGGCUUUCAUGGCCUGCUGUCGCGUGGAGAUUUAGUUGACGUAACGCUAGCUGCCGAGGGCAGGUUACUUCAAGCACAUAAAUUAGUUUUAUCGGUAUGUUCGCCGUAUUUCCAAGAAAUGUUCAAAAUGAAUCCUACUCAACAUCCCAUAGUAUUUUUAAAAGAUGUUAGUCAUUCGGCUUUAAGAGACUUAUUACAGUUUAUGUAUCAAGGUGAAGUUAAUGUUAAACAAGAAGAAUUAGCUACAUUUAUUAGUACCGCGGAACAACUUCAAGUGAAAGGUUUAACCGGUAAUCAAAAUGAAGAAAGUUCCACGCCAUCCAAACCAAAGCCGACCUCAAGGCCAGGCCCUAGGUCGUCACAUCAAAGGCAAUCUGUUAAGUUAGAGACUGAAUUAGAAUCUAAGCCCUCAACUCCAGUAGCUAUUAAGAGAACAAAUAGGCCGUCAAUAGCAUCUAAUAAUUCUUCAUCAUCUCAAAGUGGACCAGCUAAACGGAAAUGUAUCGAUCCCUUGGAAGCCGGGCCUUCUGGCUCUGUCAAAGAGGACUUUGUAACGAUACCUGACGAGGAUGAAAAUAACGCUGUGGCACCGAAAAUGGAACCUGAAUUUGUCAACGAAAGUAUGUGGGAUGAAGAUGACGAUGGCGCUAAUAAUGACGAGACUAACUUUGGCGAAGAUGAUUCGAAUAUGGACAUGGCUGGCUUUGAUGGCUCUACGACUGGCGAUGGCACUAUCUCUGCGGGUGGGGAGGGUGGUGCUGUAGGCGAUGCACAAGGUAGGUUCUCCGACCGUUCAUUAAAGUUAUAA